GCAGUGAGGGUUGCGCACCGUCGGGAGAAACUACUAACAAUCGACAUUUUCACUUUUAUAGUCAUAUCGGGUUUGUGAUUGAUGCCCAGGAACAUAUCUACUCAAAAUUGCAGAUGAUCCAGUAGGUGAUGGAAAGCACAAUGCAACUACUGUUCUUCGUAUUUUUAUUUGAGCUGAUAACUUGCUUACCGGAAACUAUACCUAUUGGUGGCCUUUUCCAUCCUGCUGACGAUAAACAGGAAAUUGCAUUUCGAUACGCCGUAGAGAAAAUCAAUAACGAUCGCUCUAUCCUACCGAGAUCAAAGCUCAGUGCACAAAUCGAAAAAAUACCCCCGCAGGAUAGUUUCCACGCUUCAAAAAAAGUGUGUCACUUACUUCGCAAUGGAGUAGCGGCAAUUUUUGGUCCACAAUCUGCUCAUACUGCUAGUCACGUACAGUCGAUAUGCGAUACAAUGGAAAUUCCACAUCUGGAGACUCGUUGGGACUACAGACUCCGCAGGGAAAGUUGCUUAGUUAAUCUUUAUCCGCAUCCUACUACUCUGUCAAAGGCAUACGUUGAUCUAGUCAAAGCAUGGGGUUGGAAAUCAUUUACGAUAAUCUACGAGAACAACGAAGGACUCGUUCGUCUACAGGAAUUACUCAAAGCUCAUGGACCUUAUGAGUUUCCUAUAACUGUGCGCCAAUUGGGGGAAGCUUCGGACUAUAGGCCUUUACUGAAACAAAUAAAGAACUCUGCUGAAUCCCACAUAGUGCUGGAUUGCUCGACUCAAAGGAUUUACGACGUCCUGAAGCAGGCGCAACAGAUCGGGAUGAUGAGCGACUACCACAGUUAUCUUAUCACGUCUCUGGACUUGCAUGGUGUGAAUUUAGAAGAAUUUAAAUACGGCGGAACUAAUAUUACAGCAUUCAGAUUGGUUGAUCCAGAUGGUCCGGAAGUUCAUAAAAUUAUACGAGAUUGGAAUGCGGGAAUCGAUAUAAAAAACCGAAAAGGUGAACCACCACCGUUGUAUAGGGAUAUCCAGGAUAACACCACCUUUGUUAAGGCAGAAACGGCAUUAAUGUACGAUGCAGUCCACUUGUUCGCCAAAGCAUUACACGAUUUGGAUACUAGCCAGCAAAUUGAUAUCAAACCGCUGAGUUGCGAUGCUGUGGAUUUUUGGCCUCACGGAUACAGCCUCAUCAAUUAUAUGAAAGUGGUGGAGAUGAAGGGUCUGACGGGAGUCAUCAAGUUCGAUCAUCAGGGAUUCAGGACCGACUUCGUCCUGGAAAUAAUAGAGCUUAGCAGAGAAGGACUGAAAAAAAUCGGGACGUGGAAUUCCACUGAAGGUGUUAAUUUUACAAGAACCUACGGGGAAGCGUAUACGCAGAUUGUGGAGAUUAUACAGAACAAAACUUUUGUUGUCACAACGUUGUUGAGUGCUCCUUACGUUAUGCUGAAAGAAACGAGUGAAAAACUGUCAGGCAAUGCACAAUUCGAAGGAUACGCAGUCGACUUAAUCCACGAGAUAUCUAGAGUUUUAGGAUUCAAUUACACAAUUCGACUAGUGCCAGACGGUAGAUACGGAUCUCUGAAUAGGGAAACCAAAGAAUGGGACGGUCUCAUCAGAGAAUUGUUAGAUCAGAAAGCGGAUUUGGCUAUAGCCGAUCUCACGAUUACUUACGACAGAGAGCAAGCAGUGGAUUUCACAAUGCCUUUCAUGAACCUGGGUAUUAGCAUUCUCUACAGGAAACCGAUCAAGCAAUCUCCCAAUUUAUUUUCUUUUUUAUCGCCGCUAUCGCUCGAUGUUUGGAUUUAUAUGGCGACAGCGUAUCUCGGAGUGUCUGUCUUACUGUUUAUUUUAGCAAGGUUCAGUCCGUACGAAUGGGACAACCCGCAUCCAUGUGACAGUGUACCGGUUGUACUAGAAAACCAAUUCACUUUGUUGAAUUCGUUGUGGUUUACCGUCGGUACUCUCAUGCAACAGGGCUCAGACAUUGCACCAAAGGCCGUUUCCACUAGAAUGGUAGCUGGGAUGUGGUGGUUUUUCACUUUAAUUAUGAUAUCUUCGUACACGGCCAACUUGGCAGCGUUUCUCACUGUGGAGAGAAUGGAUUCGCCCAUCGAGACGGCCGAGGAUUUAGCCAAACAAACGAAAAUCAAAUACGGGGCCCUUAGAGGCGGUUCGACGGCGGCUUUCUUCCGGGAUUCCAAUUUCUCAACGUAUCAACGUAUGUGGGCGUUUAUGGAAUCUCAACGUCCGCCCGUAUUUACAUCGAGCAAUCAAGAAGGGGUGGAACAAGUGAUUAAAAGCAGAGGUAGUUACGCUUUCCUUAUGGAAUCAACUUCUAUUGAAUACGUCAUCGAAAGAAAUUGCGAAUUGACACAAGUCGGUGGGUUGCUCGAUUCUAAGGGAUACGGUAUAGCUACACCACCCAAUUCGCCGUUCAGAACUCCCAUCAGUGGUGCCAUCCUCAAACUACAAGAAGAAGGAAAACUACACAUAUUAAAAACAAGAUGGUGGAAGGAAAAAAGAGGAGGUGGUAGAUGCCGAGACGAAACAACGAAAACUAGUAGUACAGCUAACGAACUGGGACUAGCGAACGUAGGUGGAGUUUUUGUUGUACUGAUGGGUGGAAUGGGAGUAGCUUGCGUCAUCGCCGUGUGCGAAUUUGUAUGGAAAUCUCGGAAAGUAGCAGUCGAGGAACGGUCCUCGUUGUGUAAAGACAUGGCAGUAGAAUUUCGACGAGCAGUUUGUUGUCAAAAUAGUACAAAAUCUGUCAAAAAGAAAAGAUCAUGCAGUCCACCAAUUAUGGACGAUGGAUUGUAUCACCCUUCAGGAUCUUACACAUCAUACGGAUUUAUCAGUAAAGAUAUAAUAAAUUAAACUCGUUUCCCAAGUACAUGUAAAUACAUUUUUCGAAGUGUCUUUGAUAAAUUAAUUAAAAUUAAGAAUAUAUACAGAUUCCAAAAUAGAUUCUCAAAAGUUAAUAUGGUUUUUAAUCUGUGUAUUGUUUAAAUUUUGAUAUGAAUGAUUAUUGUGGUUUUCUCAGAAAUUUUCUCACAAACUUGCUACUUUUGUAUCAUAGAGAAAUGAAUAUAAACUGUAACCAAAACCUUAACGAAAUAAUAAAAUAAUUGAUAAAAAACAUAAAGAAAUAUCCCUAACCAUUGAGCAUCCAUUAAGGGAGUAUUCCACUAAGCGUUCACGGUGCCCGAAAUACUCUUUUUGGCUUUCCACAUAGCGACUACGACCGUUGCAGUCACAGCUAGAAUGUCACUCAUAACGUCAUAAUUAACAUUCGGGACGCAUUAAAUGCACCCUAAAUGUAUUAAGUCACCACUGCUCCUAUCAAUAGACAUUUGACAUCUGUCAAAAUUCGAACUUCGUUUAGUUUGU